UCCGGUGGAAAAGCGCCCCAGGCUGCCACAGCCUAGAGAUCUUGGGGCUGCAGCCCUCGCGGCCUGCCGAGGGAGCAGGGGGCGCCUGUGGAACUGGCUCCCUGCAGCUCUGCGGCUACACGCGGACCUCGGCUGUGUGCGAGGUGGCGGAGGAGGCUGGCCGGGUGCGAAUCCGUACCCAGCCCCAGCGUUUGCCACCUGCCCAGGACACAGCUCAGCCAUGGGCUACCAGAGGCAGGAGCCUGUCAUCCCGCCGCAGAGAGAUCUAGAUGACAGAGAAACCCUUGUUUCUGAACAUGAGUAUAAAGAGAAAACCUGUCAGUCUGCUGCUCUUUUUAAUGUUGUCAACUCGAUUAUAGGAUCUGGUAUAAUAGACUUUUCCCUUGUUUUAUUGAUAAAAGGGGGGGCCCUCUCUGGAACAGACACCUACCAGUCUUUGGUCAAUAAAACCUUUGGCUUUCCAGGGUAUCUGCUCCUCUCUAUUCUUCAGUUUUUGUAUCCUUUUAUAGCAAUGAUAAGUUACAAUAUAAUAGCUGGAGAUACUUUGAGCAAAGUUUUUCAAAGAAUCCCAGGAGUUGAUCCUGAAAAUGUGUUUAUUGGUCGCCACUUCAUUAUUGGACUUUCCACAGUUACCUUUACUCUGCCUUUAUCCUUGUACCGAAAUAUAGCAAAGCUUGGAAAGGUCUCCCUCAUCUCUACAGGUUUAACAACUCUGAUUCUUGGAAUUGUAAUGGCAAGGGCAAUUUCACUGAGUCCACACAUACCAAAAACAGAAGACGCUUGGGUAUUUGCAAAGCCCAAUGCCAUUCAAGCGGUCGGGGUUAUGUCUUUUGCAUUUAUUUGCCACCAUAACUCCUUCUUAGUUUACAGUUCUUUAGAAGAACCCACAGUAGCUAAGUGGUCCCGCCUUAUCCAUAUGUCCAUCGUGAUCUCUGUAUUUAUCUGUAUAUUCUUUGCUACAUGUGGAUACUUGACAUUUACUGGCUUCACCCAAGGGGACUUAUUUGAAAAUUACUGCAGAAAUGAUGACCUGGUAACAUUUGGAAGAUUUUGUUAUGGUGUCACUGUCAUUUUGACAUACCCUAUGGAAUGCUUUGUGACAAGAGAGGUAAUUGCCAACGUGUUUUUUGGUGGGAAUCUUUCGUCGGUUUUCCACAUUGUUGUAACAGUGAUGGUCAUCACUGUAGCCACGCUUGUGUCAUUGAUGAUUGAUUGCCUUGGGAUAGUUUUAGAACUCAAUGGUGUGCUCUGUGCAACUCCCCUCAUUUUUAUCAUUCCAUCAGCCUGUUAUCUGAAACUGUCUGAAGAACCAAGGACACACUCCGAUAAGAUUAUGUCUUGUGUCAUGCUUCCCAUUGGUGCUGUGGUGAUGGUUUUUGGAUUCGUCAUGGCUAUUACAAAUCCUCAAGACUGCACCCACGGGCAGGAAAUGUUCUACUGCUUUCCUGACAAUUUCUCUCUCACAAAUACCUCAGAGUCUCAUGUUCAGCAGACAACACAACUUUCUAUUUUAAAUAUUAGUAUCUUUCAAUGAGUUGACUGCUUUAAAAAAUAUGUAUGUUUUCAUAGACUUUAAAACACAUAACAUUUACACUUGCUUUAGUCUAUAUUUAUAUUAUAUAAAAUUAUUAUUUUGGCUUUUA